AAUCCAUUCUUCACACACGAUAUAUAAGCUGCCGCUUCUCGGUCAGUGACCAGUUUGAGAGAAUCCUCGGUGAUAUCAGUACGUGGGCUUUCUUUCACUGGCAGGUACAGUAUUUCAACGCCUAAACCGCUUCAUCGGGACAGCUACCAAAUCGAACUCCAAGAUGCAUCUUACGUGCACGGUGGUGAAGGUGGUGAUGGUGGUCGGGAUGUUGAUGGUGAUGACACCAAACUCUGACGCAUUGAGUGGAAAAACACCUCCCGGUCCGGGGCUGUUGGGGAGCUUUACGCAAUUGAAAAGGGUAGUAAGCGAUUUCUUUAGAUCGAGAUCGGCGGCUGAGAUGAUCAGCGAAAAGGAAGGCGGACUCUACCAGUUAAACCUCGGUUUAUCAAAGAUCUGCUUCAUCAACUCCAGGGGAUUCAGGGAUGAAGCGUUUUUGGAGAAGUAUCACCUCUUCUCCGAUCGUGGGGUCGAGUCAAACAAGAAGCAGCUACCAGAAGAGCUCAUGCAGUGGCGAGGUACUAUACGAGACAACGGCGCUGCUUCGGACGAGGCACGAGCCUUUGUCAACAGUACCCUCAAGGAAACGUCGUACCUGAGAACCACCGUCGAAACUCAAAUCGAAGAAGCCAUCGCCUUCUUCGACGAUGAAUUGACGGGGGCAAUUCCCAGCGAUUUAGUCGUCCCUAAAAUGAUCUUCAGGGAGCACGUACUGGACGUGAUGACCCGUAUAGCGUUCGAUACAGCCGGUCAUAGAAAUACAAUCAGCGGCCAGUGGCAGUUCCAGAAAUUCUUUGAGGACGUCGAUGCUCUCAGUAACAGUGUCUUGUUUCAGCCAGGGUUUAUAUCUACUGUCCUGCCAAACACUAAAGUAGAUGACUACGAAACCAACCUGGUAGGUGUGGCCAAAUACCUCAAAGAACGAGCGGAAGAGGCCAUCUACACGAACCGUGAAACCAGCCUCGUGCAACGUUACAGCGAUUUCUUUUUGAAGCGUGAGUCGUCCAUUGCCCAACCAGAGGACGGAUGGCGACUUAUGUAUGACUUCUUUACGGCCGGUGUCAACACCGUACCCGAGGUCAUAACAUGGGACAUCUACUACCUGGCAAGUGACCUGGACCUCCAAGACAAGAUUCGCCAGGAGAUGAAGAACUUUGGCACCGACGUUACGUACGACGAUCGCACGAGUCUUCCACGGACGAUGUCCUUCCUGACCGAGGUCCAUCGCCUUCGCCCAGUUGCUACCUUGGGAAUACCCCAUGCAGCGUCCGCAGACGGCACGAUCGGUGGUUAUGCCAUCGACAAGGAAACUCUCAUCAUUCCAAACCACUGGGCCAUGCACAACGACCCUUCCGAUUGGCAAUCUGAUCCACAGGUCUUUGACGCUACGAGAUUCUUGAAACUCAACGGCAAUGACCUGACCUUUGACUCGGACAAAGCCCGUAUCGUCACCCCAUUUUCUGUCGGUCCAAGAUCCUGUCCCGGCCAGGAAGUUGCCCGCAGGACCAUCUUUCUGACUAUUGCCAACCUGGUCCAGAAAUACACCGUCCGUUUCCCGGAGGGGCCUGUCGUUGAUGUGUCUAACGUGAAGGGUUCCUUCACCAUGUACGCACCUAAGUUCGAAGUCCUUCUCGAGCCUCGUUCUAGACCGCCCCCACAAAGGAAUUAAAACGAAUAAUCCUCUUAAUUGAGGUCUUUGGUUAUUCUGGUAGUGUAAGGCCUAAAUAAUUUACAGAGAACUGUUUCUUCUUCAUUAAUACUUGGCGAAUGUUUCUCACAGAAAUUGAACAUAUUAUCUAGCCUAGAUAAUUAUGCAAAAUUAGGUAAAAACUUGAUGAGGAAAUCGUAUUUAAACAAUAAUAUUAGUACCUAUCGUAAUGACAUUUACAAAUGUAGUUUUAUCGUAAUACGACAAUAAUAGAAGUACCAUAAUAAUUGUAUGUAUAUAAUACUAUGUCCAUAAUGUAACAUUAACGCAGUAACAUAAUAUGACGAUAAUUAAAGUAUCAAAAGACAGUAGUAUAUGCAAUAAAAGCAGUACCGUAAUCAUGGUACAUGCGUAUCAGGACAAUUACCUCCCUGGACAAUCACCCCCAUGCAGGUAAAUCAUCCCCGGAAAUUCCCCCCCCCCCCGGAAAAUCACACGAAGGACAACCAAGGCUAUAGGACAAUUAUUCCCCGGGAAAAUUACGUCCCAAGGACAAUUACCCCCACCCCAAUUCUGAAAAUUCCCCCCUUGGACAAUCACACCAUUGGACAAUAACCCCCGGAGGACAAUUACCCCCC